UCGAUGUUUUCCCUGGUGGAUUUGACGCAUUUAAUUGUAACUGCAUUGACAGUAUAUCAUAAAAAUGUAAUAGACAGGUUGUCAGAAGAAACAUGGUCAGGAAACCUAAAACAUGACCGCGCUCACAGGCACGCGCACGAGGGUGCGCAGAGUUCAUCUGACUGAAAGUUUCGUCGUGCGUUAUUCCGCUUGUAGCUUAAAGACCACGAAGGCUAUAAAAGCCUCAGCUAAAUAGAUUUAGUCUUUAAAAUUGGAUAGCGUAAAUGUUUUGGACAUUCGUGUUUAUUGCCGUAGUUUUUUCCUGAAACGUUGAGCGAUGUCUCCGUGGAGGAAGAUGUUUUGCGCACUCGUUUGGUUCUGUUUCUGUUUUGAACGCCGAUCUGGUGUGUUUGGUGUGGAGACAAAUGAAAUUAAACUGGUGUUGGAGGGAGAUACGGUCACUCUACCGGCCGAGAUACACAGAGAUGAGCAGCUGCUUUGGAGGUUUGGACUGCAAGGGACAAUCAUUGCAAAGUUCAAUAAGAAAAACAGAGACUACGAGAUAAUGAAGACUGACGAGAGAUUCAGUGGUAGACUGACGGCACAGUACGAAACUGGAUCUCUGAUUAUCAGAAACAUCAGAACUGAGCACGCUGGGCUUUAUCAGCUACAGAUCAUCAGUUCCACAGUCUCAACGAAAACAUUCAAUGUUUCUGUCUAUGCUCGUCUGCCCAUUCCUGUCAUCACCAGAGACUAUUCGCUAUGUUCUUCAUCAACAUCUUCACCAUCAUCCUCAGCAGCAUCCCAGUGUUUACUAGUGUGUUCGGUGUUGAAUGUGAGCGCUGUGAGUCUCUCCUGGUACAAAGGGAACAGUUUAUUUUCCAGAGACAGUGUGUCUGAUCUCAGCAGCAGCUUCUCUUUACCUCUGGAGGUGGAAUAUCAGGAUAAAAACACCUACAGCUGUGUGGUCAACAAUCCCGUCAGCAACCAGACCACACAUCUGGACAUCGACACACUCUGUCAACCUUGUCCAGCUCCUCUGCCAAUUCCCAUCAUCGCCACAGAUUCUCCACAAUGUCCUUCAUCUUCAUCACUCCAGAAUUGCUCACUGUUGUGUUCAGUGUUGAAUGUGAGCGCUGUGAGUCUCUCCUGGUACAAAGGAAACAGUGUAUUGUCCAGCAUCAGUGUGUCUGAUCUCCGCAUCAGUCUCUCUCUACCUCUGGAGGUGGAAUAUCAGGAUAAAAACACCUACAGUUGUGUGAUCAACAACACUAUCAGCAACCAGACCACACAUCUGGACAUCCACACACUCUGUCAGUCAUGUUCAGACCGCGUUCACUGUUGUGGCUUUACUGAAACCGUGAUCCGAUUGGUUGCCUCUGCUGUGGUGGGCGUGGCUGUUAUUGCUGUGCUGGUUUAUGAUGUCAGAUCCAGCAGAUCUUACCAGAAGAGGAGACUGCAGACGGUAUCAGGGCAGGCUGAUGAUUAUGAUGAUGUCGCAACAGCUCACUAGGUGGCGAUGAUGUGUCUGUUAUGCCGGUCGGAGGUAAUUCCAGGUUAAAUGCAUUCACAGGAAUGAUCUGAUGGACGCUUGGUUUUUAACCCUUUGCUGACUGAUCGUAUUGCCAUCUGGUGGUUAUUUGUGGCAUUAUUGUUUUAUUUCACAGAUAGACUGCGUGGAUGUUGCUGUGUUUAUUUUUGCAGCACUUUUUGAUGUAAAUAUACAGUUUUUUUAUACCUUAAGGAGUUUAUUUUUAUAUAUUGUUUAAUUAUUUGUUUUUAAUUUACAUAUUAUGUAUAAUACUUGAAUGGACUGUUCUGAAAUCGAUGUCUUGUUUGUUACAUUCAUGCCAUUUCUUUUGUAUUUUCAGUUUUACCAAAGAAUUAAUUGUAAUAUCCAGCAAAGUUAUUAAAGACCGAACAUUUUCAUGGAUAAUAACCCGUCUGUCUUGCUCAGCAUGCAUUUCAAACUAGUUUUGCUGUAUUUGUUUGAUAGAAAAUCACCAAUUUUUCCUUAUGAACUAUUUGCCAAUAGCCUUACAGUUCAUCUAAUUUCACCAUGUUGCAACCUAUUCAUUCAUUUAAUCAGGGGUCGCCACAGAGGAAUGAACCGCCUGCAACUGAAUUAUUUAUAAUUAUUUUUAUUACAUUCGUUCAUUUUCUUUUCGGCUUAGUCCCUUUAUUAACCUGGGGUUGAAAUUCUAAUCUAACACUUAUGCAAAUUAUGAUAUCUAUAUGUUUUCACAAAAAAAAACAUGCUUGUAACAAUGUAACAUUACGUGAUAUCUGCUGAGACAGUCGAGUGGUUUACUAAACAUCGAAGGGAUAUUUAGUGUGAAAUAAAAGUUAACAUUUAAUUAACAUGUAAACAAUCUGUAAACUUUCAAUAAGGCCUGUUUGUUUGGACUGUCAGAAUUCUA